UUUGUUAAUGGCGGAGAAAACCCGAAUCUUGAUAAUCGGAGGCACUAGACAUCUGGGCAAGUUCAUAGUAGAAGCAAGUGUUGAAGCUGGAAAUCCGACCUUUGUCUUGAUCAGAGAUUCAACUCGUUUUCCUUCCGCCAAAUCUCAGCUCCUCACGACCUUCAAAAGUCGUGGAAUCACACUUCUCCAUGGAGACAUAUAUGAUCAUGACAGCUUAGUGAUGGCAAUCAAACAAGUUGAUGUAGUGAUCUCAACGGUGAGUACGGAUCUCAUUGAUGAUCAAGUUAAGAUUAUAGCAGCCAUAAAAGAAGCUGGAAAUGUCAAGAGGUUUAUCCCUUCAGACUUUGGAACCGAUGUAGACAAUAUUGAAGGAGCUAUAGAACCCGCAGCAAGUUUUUUUGAAGCCAAAGCAAAAAUUCGGAGAGCUAUUGAAGCCGAGGGAAUCCCUUAUACUUAUAUCUCUUGUUACGGAUUUGCAAGCUACUUCUUGGACACAUUAGCCCAAGAAAAUGCUACAUCUCCUCCUAGAGACAAAGUAGUGAUUUUAUCAGAUGGCAACGCUAAGGCAAUUUUCAACGAUGAAAGGGAUAUUGCUACGUACACAGUAAGAGCAGUGGACGAUCCCAAAACUUUGAAUAGAACCCUUCACAUUAGACCUCCGGCCAAUAUCAUGUCCUUCAAUGAAGUUGUUUCGUUGUGGGAGAGAAAGAUUUGCAAGACGCUUGAGAAAGUUCACAUCCCAGAGGAUCAAGUUAUCCGUAACAUUCAAGAAUCUUCAUUUCCGAAGAACUUUGUAUUAGCUCUUGAACAUGCUGUUUUUGUCAAAGGAAUUAUGACAAGUUUACAGAAGAAUCCUUCCGUUGGCGUAGAAGCAACUGAGCGUUACCCAGAUGUCAAGUACACUACUUUGGAUGAAUAUCUUAAUCAAUUCAUACAAUGGUAGCUUAACUUUCCUUUCAACUACUGCAUUUAGCCCUUUGAUGUUCUUAAUUUGUUCUUUGAUUGUAUAAAGGAAUCAUUAAAUACUUGUCUUCUCUUACUUUUCUUGUUGGGUCUUCUGUUGUCACCUAGAAGAGUACCCUACAUCUUCAAUACCCCCCAUAAGGAUGGAUUAGAGCAGACUAUGGUUUUCGUUUUCUCGAUUGGAGAGUGGAAUAGCCAAGAAGAUGAAACUGAUGCAGGGAAAGUGGAAGACAAUGAUCAUAUUCAAAGCUAUGUUUGGAAGUCUUUGUUAGAAUACCAUUUUGUCGUAAUUUUGAUAAUAAUUAAUUCUUUUUAUUACUGUGUUUGGAUAACAUUUUCGGGAGGGGAGAUCGGUGUUUUCUUUCCAAAUCUUUCGGGUGUUAAAAGGAUUUAUCUUUUUUAAUGUGAAUAAAUUCUUCCAUCUAAUUCCUUUCCCUCCGUUUUUUUCCGUUAGAAAAAAUUAUUAUUUAUCUUACGAUUCCUUUUUGUCAUUUAAACAAACAAGUGAGACUUUCCUUAUUUUUUCCCCUUUCCCCUUCCCCUUUCCCAUUUCCCUU